AUGUCUCUCCCGUCUACCGUUGACGCGAUCACGAUCCCUCAUUACGGGGGAUUUGAAGUCAUACAAAAGACGACGAUCCCCUUUCCUAAGCAAAACCCUGGCGAUGUCCUCAUCAAGGUAGAAUAUUGUGGGAUCAACUUUAUAGACACAUACUACAGACAGGGCCUCUACAAAUACAAGGAGUUCCCCGGUGUAUUGGGCAAAGAAACUAGCGGAACCAUCAUAGCCCUCCCGACAGACGAAGCCGUCCUGAAUGACACGACGUACAAGAGUCAAGGGUUCAAAAUUGGAGGCAAAGUCGUAGCCGAUUUCCUGGGUUCGCACGCAACCUACAUUUCCGUGCCAUGGAAAUUCGUCUAUCCAGUCCCGGAUUCCAUCUCGACUGAGGUGGCGGCCGCUGCAGCCUUGCAAGGGCUGACCGCGAUCACCUUCUUCGAGGAAGCGUACAAGGUCAAGAAGGGGGAUACUAUCCUUGUACACACGGUCGCUGGAGGUCUCGGCUUGCUUUUCGCACAAUUGGGCAGACGCGUGGGUGCCAUCGUCAUUGGGACAACCUCUACACCUGAGAAGGCGGAACUCGCCAAGAAGAACGGAGCGGACCAUGUCAUCUUGUAUCCGGUAGAGGACACGGUACAGAGUGUCCUGGAACUUACCAACGGCGAGGGCGUCGAUGCGAUUUUUGAUGGAGUUGGAAAGGACACGUUUGAUAAUAACUUCAAAGUUAUCAAAAGAAAGGGGACGAUCGUCUCCGUCGGCAAUGCAUCUGGAGCCGUAGAACCUUUCUCGCUAUUCAAGCUCGUCGACAGGAACGUGAAAUUGUUGCGUCCAACCAUGAGCAACUACGUCUACACUGCAGAGGAAGCGGCAUACUAUGGCCGAGUGCUCUUCGGUUUGGUAGAGAAGGGAGAAUUGAACAUCAAGAUUUUCAAAGAAUAUCCGUUCACGGCCGAAGGUGUUCAGGAAGCCCAACGUGACCUUACUGGAGGAAAGACGACUGGCAAACUCUUAAUCAAGAUUUAA